AUGGCCCAGCCCUACCCACCAGCCCAGUACCCCCCUCCCCCCCAGAAUGGUAUCCCAGCGGAGUACACCGCCCCCCACCCUCCUCACCCCCACCCACCGGCAGACUACACAGGGCAGAGCGCAGUGGCUGAGCACGCCCUAACGCUGUACGCAGCCACACAGACACACAGCGAACAGCCCGGCAACGAGAACAACACACCCACCCUCACCGCCACAACAGUAUCGACUCGUGCCGCAUCAGUGCUCUCCAGCUCUCACAGUGGAGAUUGGGGAAUAACCAUGGCACAGUUCAGCACAAGAGCCUGGGCUGAGCUGAGGCAGACUCGGGAGCAGGAGACGCCCCCUGACUUUUUCUACUUUUCGGACUUUGAGAGACACAAUGCUGAGAUCGCUGCCUUUCAUCUGGACAGGAUCCUGGAUUUCCGCCGUGUCCCUCCUGUAGCCGGUAGACUAUUGAAUAUGACUAAAGAGAUCAAGGACGUGACCAGAGACAAGAAGCUGUGGAGAACCUUCUUCAUCUCACCAGCCAACAACAUCUGUUUCUACGGGGAGUGUUCGUACUACUGCUCUACAGAGCAUGCUCUGUGCGGUAAGCCAGACCAGAUCGAGGGUUCCCUGGCUGCCUUCCUCCCAGACCUGACCCUGGCAAAACGCAAGACCUGGAGAAACCCCUGGAGACGAUCCUACAACAAACGCAAGAAAGCAGAGUGGGAGGUAGACCCUGACUACUGUGAAGAGGUUAAACAGACCCCUCCCUACGACAGCGGCACCCGUCUAUUGGACAUCAUGGACAUGACCAUCUUUGACUUCCUCAUGGGCAACAUGGAUCGUCAUCACUACGAGACAUUUGAGAAGUUUGGCAACGAGAGCUUCAUCAUCCAUCUCGACAAUGGGAGAGGGUUUGGAAAGCAUUCUCAUGAUGAGGUGUCUAUUCUGGUGCCUUUAAGCCAAUGUUGCAGAGUGAAGAAGUCGACACACCAGCGUCUGCAGCUGCUGGCGAAGGAGGAGUACCAGCUGAGUGGUCUGAUGUCUGAGUCUCUGCUGAGGGACAAACUGACCCCCAUCCUCAUCCAGCCCCACCUGAAGGCUAUGGACAGACGACUACACCACACACUCAACGUCCUGGCAGACUGCAUCGAGAAGGAGGGCUAUAGUAAUGUUGUGGAGGAUGACCUGGCGGGGGAGAGGGAGUGGGGGCACACAUCACCCAGGGGGAGGUAGCUGCGAGGCCUGAACCGUUCUAGAAUGGACUAGACUGGAUUGGACUGGAUCGAACUGGCCGGAACUAGAGUGGAUCGGACUUAACUGGACUGGAUUGAACAAAUGUGGACCGCUAUCACCAUAGGCCCCUUAAAUAACUUAGUGUACACCACCCAACCAACCGAUCGAUCGAUGGAUUGCCCACCACAGCGCUACAGACCAUGAAAGUCUUGAGAGAUGCUUGUCUUGUUCAGAAGACAUUUUUGAAUUCAGUGAAUUCCAAGACUGAUAUUAUUCCUUCUGUUGUCACCUGAAUCAUGUGUGUUUAUAAGCAUUGUUGGGACCUGUCAAAGGCCUGUAAACAACAUGCCUAUUGGAGGAGAUCGACUCUGUCUUCAUUUUUUUUUUUUUAGUUUAUUGCUAAUUGUUUUAUUACUUCUGUUGCUGUUUUACGUUGUUGUCGAUGUGUUUUUUUAUAAAUAUAUUUGAUUGGAGUGCCAGUUUA